AUGUCUCGUCAGGCGCCGCUCGUUAUCGACAAUGGAACGGGGUACACGAAAAUGGGGUUCGCCGGUAACUCGGAACCCUCAUUCGUCUUUCCAACCGUCAUCGCAACACACCAGACCGCCGGGGCAGGCGGUGGUGGACGGGCGCCACCUCCUGUAGCGGGCAAGCCGAGCCAUCUGGCGAGUAAGCGAGGGAUUGAGGAUUUGGACUUUUAUAUUGGAGAUGAGGCGGUUGUGAACUCCAAGACAUAUGACCUCCACUACCCCAUCAAGCAUGGUCAGAUUGAGAACUGGGAUCAUAUGGAGCGAUUCUGGGAACAGAGUAUAUUCAAGUAUCUCCGCGCCGAGCCAGAAGACCACUACGUCCUUCUUACCGAACCACCACUCAACCCCCCUGAGAACAGAGAAAACACCGCCGAGAUCAUGUUUGAGAGUUUCAACGUGCAAGGCUUGUAUAUCGCCGUGCAGGCUGUGCUCGCUCUCGCUGCCUCGUGGACUUCGUCUAAAGUCGCCGAGAGGACACUGACGGGUGUGGUCAUCGAUUCGGGAGACGGUGUGACGCACACCAUCCCAGUCGCUGAAGGCUACGUUAUCGGCUCAUCGAUCAAGCACGUCCCCAUUGCUGGAAGAGAUAUCACCAGCUUUGUUCAGCAGCUUCUGAGGGAUCGAGGAGAUAGCGCGUCUAUUCCGCCAGAGGACUCCAUGAGGGUUGCCGAGAAGAUCAAGGAGGACUACACCUACGUUUGCCAGGAUAUCGUCAAGGAGUUCAAGAAGUACGAUGCCGACCCGUACAAGUACUUUGCGCGAUUCUCGGGAGAGCACAGCGUGACAGGCCGAAAAUACGACAUUGACGUCGGAUACGAGCGCUUCCUCGCCCCUGAAAUCUUCUUCAACCCCGAAAUCUACUCGUCCGACUUCCUCACCCCUCUCCCCGAAGUCGUUGACACCGUCAUUCAGACCAGUCCUAUCGAUGUCCGACGAGGACUGUACAAGAACAUUGUGCUUUCGGGUGGAAGUACGAUGUUCAAGGACUUUGGGAAGCGGUUGCAGCGGGACGUGAAGAACAUUGUGGAUGGAAGAAUCGCGGGCAGUGAGACGAGGAGCGGGAGCUUGAUGAAGUCGAGCGGUGUGGAGGUCAACGUCAUCUCGCACAAGAGACAACGGUAUGCUGUGUGGUACGGUGGAAGUCUGAUGGCGUCGACCCCCGAGUUCUUCAACGUCUCGCACUCUCGGGUAGACUACGAAGAAUACGGACCGAGCUUGGUCAGGCGGUUCUCGGUGUUCGGUAGCUCGUCGUAG